AUGUCUAGCCGAAGCAAUCUCAGACCGGAUUUGAGAACCGGUGCAACGAGAACGCGAUCGGUUGCAAAAAUCGGUGGUAGUGGUGGUCAAAGUGAACAUCAAGUGGAAGAUGGUGCUUACGGUGGUAUUGUACCGGUGGUUGUCACAAGGGUCCCGUCGCCAGAGCAACAGGCGAAUCAAACCCUGCCGGGUAGAGCAUGCAAAGUGUGUGGUGGUCCAGACACUGAAGAGAUGAUUCAAUGCGACGUCUGCAACAAGUGGCAUCAUUUCGCCUGCGUGGGAGUCACCAAGGAGAUUGAGGACAAUAAUUGGAGCUGUGCUGUCUGCGACACAGUAACCAGAGCUCUGCAAAUCCUGUCGACCUCCGACAAGGCUCCAAGGCAAGCGGAAACAGCAAAAAGAAGCAAGUCGUUAAAUUCGGUCAUCCCGUCGGACAAACAGCACACACUGCAACCUCCGGAUGGGCCGUCAAGCAAAGGAGCAGCGAAACAGUCGUCGCAGCUGAAAUCCAUACCGGAUCGUUCGGCGAAAGGAACGUACUCAGUGCUCUCUCACGGAUCUUCCAGAAGUUCAAUACUGAAACUCGAACUCCAAAAGUUGGAGGAGGAGCGUGCGCUGGAGCAGAUAGAAGUGGAAAAGCAGCGAAACUAUCUGAACAAAAAGUACGACAUUUUGAGGCAGCUGACCAACCAGUCCGACAUGACGUCAAUUGCGGAAGGAACGGAACGAGUGAACGCCUGGGUCGAGGACGUGAACGGAUGUGGUCGUAGUGAAUCGUUGGUUGAACCAGCUCCCAACAAUUUCUCUCCUCGGGGGUGUUCAACACUAAACCGUUCAAACGUGAAUAGGGGUUCCCAGGCGACGAGUAGACAAUCUCCUGCGCUAACUGGUCCAAUCAAUUAUAAUAUCAGAAAUAGUAGACGCUCUAUUCCCAUGCCCGUUUCCGGUGAAGGUCCCCUGCUUCGGUCGUCCAGAUAUCAUGCGAUUCCGCAAGACGAUGGGUUCUCUUCCAGAUGUUUGAAAGGGCGAGCAUAUGAUGCAGUGAAAAGCCAGCUGAUGCAUCCAGCAAACGUUCCUGGAGUAAUCGCUACCCUGAAGAUGAUGUUCGGGCAGCCUGAAGCCAUUGUACACUCGCUUGUGGCUAAGAUCAAUGCGUUACCAUCCUUGAGAGAGGAUAAGUUGGAGACACUGGUGGAUUUCGCAGUGAACCAACUGGUUUCUAAGCUUCCGCCAACCUUGAAGCUGGAUUGGGCAUGCUACCGUAUGUCUGUACCUCGAGUCAACUUGGCGACUUUCGGAAAUUUCCUGUACUCCCUCGCAGAGGCCGCCAGCACGGUUGUCUUCCCUAUAACAGUUGCAGAUCAGAAGCAGACUCGGAGCGAAACCCGCUUACCAAAGAAGGGGAAUGCAUUCUUAAACGCUCACUUGGAAACUCAACCGGAAAUCGAUGCUUCGAUGCCCGCCACGUCAAGUAACGCCAACGCAAUAGAACGUCCGCCAGCGCCCAUAGAUCGUCUCAACGAUGGGUGUCCGAUUUGCAAAGGUAGUUGCAGAACAGCCGAUAAAUGCAAACAAUUUCUUGAGCUCUCACGUGAUGCACGCUGGGCUUCCGUGCGUGAAUUCGGAUUGUGUCGUAGAUGUCUCCGUCGCCACAAUGGAAGCUGCAACACGAAGGAAUGUGGCCAAAACGGAUGUACGUUCAAACAUCAUGCAUUACUUCACAACGACCAGCAGCGAGCUCAGCAAAUCACUACAGUGGUAGCUUCGCCGAACCCGAAUUCCGGGUCAUCCGAGCCGGAGACUAGCCAGGGUCACGGAUGCAAUACUCAUCGUACAAAAACUUCGGCUGUCCUCUUUCGAUACCUGCCUGUGGUGCUAAGAAGCCGCAACAAAACAGUUCAAACCUAUGCGUUUUUCGACGAGGGCUCCGAGCUCAGUUUGCUCGAUGAUGGCUUGGCCAAGCUUUUGGAACUUGAUGGGGAAAUCAGUCCGCUAUGUUUAAGAUGGACUGGUGGAAAAGAGCGCAAUGAAGACAACUCCCGUGUCGUAAGCCUGGAAAUAGGAGGGAUUCGGAACCAAACCAAAAUGUUUAACUUGAACAACGUAAGGACAGUUCAAGAACUGUUGUUGCCUCACCAGACAAUCGAUAUGAAGGAGCUAUCGCAGCUAUACCCACAUCUUCGUGGGCUUCCAGUAGACUCAUAUCAGUCCGCUCAACCACGCAUACUCAUAGGGUUGAAGCACGCGUUCAUCGGCUUAGUACUUCAAAGCAGAGAAGGAGAACUAAAUCAUCCCAUUGCAUCGAAAACGCGUUUAGGCUGGACCGUUUACGGAGGGUGUACAGAGGAUGCUCCCAAUGUCGUCCAAUGUGCGUUUCAUGAACAUCACCAAAGCGACAACAUGGACGAAUCGCUACACCAAGCAAUGAAGGAGUAUUUCUCUUUGGACAGUCUUGGGAUAACGAAGCCAUCGAACAUACUUCUGUCCACCGACGAUCAACGGGCCGAGACUCUUUUACGUUCACUCACGAAACUCAAGAAUGGUCGAUACGAAACUGGGCUAUUAUGGCGCUCCGAUGAUGCGCGCCUGCCAGAUAACCAUGCUAUGGCCCUUCGCCGUCAUCGUUCUCUCGAAAUACGCCUAGGGAAGGAUCCGGAGUUGGCGGAAAUACUGAAUAAGAAAAUCGCCGAUUACCUGGAAAAGGGAUACAUUCGUCUGCUCACCGAAGAAGAACUGAACAAACCAAUGUUCCGUAUAUGGUACCUUCCGAUUUUUCCGGUCACAAAUCCCAAUAAACCCGGAAAGAUAAGAAUUGUCUGGGAUGCCGCAGCAUCAACCUUCGGCAAAUCGCUGAACUCUGCACUCCUGAAAGGCCCGGACCAGCUGUGCUCAUUGUUGUCUAUUCUUCUACAGUUUCGUGAACAUCGAGUUGGUUUAACAGGUGACAUCCGUGAGAUGUUCCAUCAGGUGGACAUUCGGGAAGAGGACCAGCACUGCCAACGUUUUUUCUGGACAGACAAAUCCGGUGAUGUACGGACCUACGUGAUGCGCGUAAUGACUUUUGGAGCCUGCUGUUCGCCGAGCUGUGCUCAGUACGUUAAAAACGUCAACGCUGAGCGCCAUUCUCAGGACUAUCCGGAUGCGGCGCAAGCUAUAACAAAAAGGCACUAUGUGGACGACAUGCUUGUGAGCGUCGAGACUGAGCAGGAGGCCAUUCAGCUUGCAAGCGAAGUAAAACUAGUGCACGGAAACGGCGGUUUCGAAAUUCGAAACUGGGCCUUAGUUCACUUGCGGCUCGAAGCCAAAUCCGACCAAAAACCAAAUCUGAUAAACUUGAAUCAGGUCGAAUAG